AUCACUGAACUUGACCUGUGACUAUAUUCGUUGCUAUGUGAACUUGUCAUAUCUGUUUGUGAUCCAAAUUUAUCCGAAAUAUUUCGGAUAAAAUUCCGCCGCACUUAAAUAAAUAAGAAAAAGGAAUGAUAUGAUUACAUGAAGUGAAAAUGUGAAAAAAAGAGCUGUAGAAGAUGCGAACGAAAAGUUUUCUUCUAUUUUUAUGUAGUGUAGUCACCGUAUUAGUGUUGAUUAUCCUUGGACAACAAAAACCGGCCUCUUUACAGGAUAUCAUCAAUACUACUCAUCAACAAAUUAAAAACUUUACAAAGGAUACUUUGAGAGAUCGAGACUCGAAAACAUUUGUGUCUGAUUCGAAAUAUCUCACCCCUAUAGGAUUAUCAGAAAAUGCUCGAUUAUAUCCCCAGAAUGUAUGGCCAAACAGCUCUUUACCUGUAUUCGUUACCUAUGUUAUGGAGGGGCAAGAAAGUCAAGCUGUUGGAAUGAUCAAUAACAUUACAAGAAUAUUACCGAACAACACCAUACUUGUAUAUAAUUUAGGAUUAGGAAAUUAUGGUUUAAGAACUAUGUUAAAUUAUUGUAAUAACACUCGAUGUCAAGUAAUAACUUUUAGUUUAAAUAAUUAUCCCUCUCAUGUUCAAGAAGAUAGUCUUCACGCGUAUCGGCCCUUAAUUAUUCAGGAUGCUUUACAAAGAACGGGGGCUGUAUUUUUUUUGGAAUGUAACAGACGUUUCCGUAAAAACAUUUCUGCUGAAAAACUUACAAAACUCUUUGAAACAACAAUAAAAGGUGAUGGAGUUCAAGCUUGGCCAAUGGUCUCAAAGAUCCCCGUGUCAAGUGUCACUCAUAAAAAAAUGUUUGAAUACUUCCACACAGACGCGGAGAGUUUUCUUUUUGUUCCAAUGAUGUCUGGCGAAAUUUUCCUCAUUUUCAACACCGAAAGUAAUCAUAAGCAGGUUAUGUUACCAUGGGUACAAUGCGCGAUCACUCAAGAUUGCAUAAUUCCGAUUGGAGCGCAAUCUGGCGGAUGUCGAUUUGAUAAAAAACCUCAAUAUAGAUACUCGGGUUGUCACAGUUACGAUACUUCCGCUUUAAAUAUUGUACUGGGACUAAGAUUUAAAUUGGACGGAAGUCGGUAUUGUUAUAAAGGCAACAAAAUGUUUACCACCGUUCUUUUAGAAGAAGCUAAUGCAGUGCUCAAGGGCUUAGAACAAAAUACCACAACAGAAGGACGUACUUCAAUAGUCGACGCUUUUUGAUCGCAACAGCUCGAUUUGUAUCACUUUGACCAAAACGAUUUGUGAUAUUAGUUUUGUAAUAAUUUAAUGUGAAAAUUAAACAUUUUCUUCUAUGUAAUAA